CGCCAUCCGUCAGCCAGCCCCAUCUCCACCACACCCUCCCCGCCCCCGACGAAGAAGUAGAGCACAGAGCAGAGAGCAGAGAGGCGGCCAACGCUGACGACUUGCCAGUAGCUUCUCCGCGCGGCCUACGCGCCUCGGAUGCCCCCGGCGCCGGCAUCGGCAGCCUCGGUCGUGGCGCCUAGAGCGGCGGCUCUCUAGCGCCGGUGGCGGAACACCCCGAUGGCCGACGCGCUCCUCCUCCCGCGUCGCUUCCUCGCCCCUUCCACUGCCCCCGCAUCCUCCUCCUCUUCGUCCCCGCCGUCUCGCGGGGCCCUCUCGCCCGGCUCGCCGCGGCGGGCGCGCGUGGCGGCCUCGCACCCGCGGCCCCGCCGGCUCGCUGGACUCAAGGUUCAUGCGGCAGUCCCAGAGAGCGGCGAGCAACCGAAAUGGUGGGAGAAAAAUGCUGGCCCAAACAUGAUUGACAUCCACUCCACACAGGAGUUCUUGGAUGCACUGAGAGAUGCUGGAGACAGGCUUGUUAUUGUCGAAUUCUAUGGAACCUGGUGUGGUUCGUGUCGGGCACUCUUUCCAAGGCUCUGCCGGACAGCUUUGGAAAACCCUGAUAUCUUGUUCCUGAAAGUAAAUUUUGAUGAAAACAAACCUAUGUGCAAACGACUGAAUGUAAAAGUCCUUCCUUUCUUCCAUUUUUACCGUGGAGCUGAUGGGCAACUGGAGGCUUUCUCGUGUUCCUUAGCUAAGUUUCAGAAGCUGAAGGAUGCCAUUGCAGUUCACAACACUGCUCGUUGCAGCAUUGGUCCACCUGCCGGAAUCGGAGAUGUUGACUUGCUGGAUAGUGCAAGCCCUCAGGAGAAACCUGCGGAAGCUAGCUCACGGUAGAUGUCAUCAGAAUGGGCUCCUCACGCUCCGCUGCUACAUCCUGCUAAUUUUCUCCCCACUAUAGAUCUUACUGUAAUCAGCUCAGGAGAAUCUUCAGCUUUCCUGGCUCACGAAUUAGAUGUACUUUGCAUUCAUGAAAGGGAAAAUGUGAUUAUAGCAUGUGAACUUUACCUCAUGGUGGAGUUGUACAUCAUUUUAGGGGAAGAUGCCAUAAACAUCAAAAGCCACUGUGGGUUAUUUCUGAGGUCAAUCCAUUGUUCGUUGCCACAA